AUGCUUCUCCAAAACGAAAAGAUUCCCACCGGCUAUGCGCCUCAAGAGGUCAAGGGUGCUGCUGCUGCAUCGUCCAUACAACUCAAGUCCUCAGAAGGCCAUCCCGAGGACUUCACCUUCACAUUUGAGAUCGUGAGGUCAAACGUCUUCCGCACAACCGUCACGUCUGAGACGCGCCCUAUCCCCCCUUUCCCCAGCGCACACAAGCCAAGCGCGGACCUGGUCCCGAAAGACAUCCAGAUCAAGACAUCAGAAAAGUCACAAUCAUUCACAACCUCCGACGUUAAGGCUGUCGUUGAAUGGUCAAACACCCCUAUCAUCUCCCUCUACGUCGGCCAAGAUGACUCCGGCAAGCCCAUCCACGCCGAUCUCCCCUUCCGCUCAUACGCCGCGGACGGGCCCGGUAUCGCCCACUACUCCUCUUACAAGAAGCAUACUCUCCAUGUCGGACUCGGAGAGAAGGCGGCGCCCAUGGACCUCGCCGGCCGCGGCUUCAUCAUCUCCGCAAGUGACACAUUCGGAUACGACGCCUACCGCACGGAUCCGCUGUACAAGCACAUCCCGCUCCUCAUCAACGUCACGCCCGAGGGCGCUGUCGGCAUCUUCUCCACAGCUCACUCUCGUUCGACCUGGUCCAUCGGAUCCGAGCUCGAUGGAAUGUGGGGUGCGUACAAAGUGCAUCGCCAAUCUCAUGGCGGUCUUGAAGAGUACAUCAUCGUCGGCAAGACCGUCGCCGAAGUCGUACACUCAUACGCUGAGCUCGUUGGAUUCCCCCUGCGUGUACCGCGUUACAUGAUGGGUUACAUUGGCGGUGGCAUGAAGUACAGUGCCAUGGACACCCCGCGUGCCCACGACGCCAUCAUGGGAUGGAUCAAGAACUGCGAGAAGCACGACAUCCCAUUCUCUGCAUUCCAGAUGAGCUCUGGAUACACUGUAGCUGAGCAGGAGCCCAAGACGCGCAACGUCUUUACCUGGAACUACCACCGUUUCCCUGAUCCGCGGGCCUUUACCCGCGAGGCGCACUCCCACGGUCUCCGCCUGCUGGCUAAUGUUAAGCCGUAUGUGCUUGCCACGCACCCGGCGUACAAAAAGUUGUCCGAAGACGGCGCCUUCUUCAAGGACCCCGCUACCGGAAAGACUGCGGUGACGAGACUUUGGAGUGCUGGUGGAGGCGAGAGCGGAGAGGGAAGUCACCUGGACUUCACCAGUAAUGCAGGCUACCAGUGGUGGUAUGAUGGCGUCGUUGGCCUGAAGAAAGUCGGUAUCGAUGUCAUGUGGAACGAUAAUAAUGAGUACACUGUGCCGGACGACGAGUGGCAGUGCGCUCUUGAGAAGACGGACAUCAUCCCGAUUCCCGAUGGCCUCAGCCGCAAGGAUGUCGGCAUCUGGGGUCGCGCCAUUCAUACCGAGCUAAUGGGCAAGGCUUCACAUGAUGCAACAAUUGAGGGCAAGCCUGAGGAACGCCCCUUCGUUCUCACGCGUAGUGCCACGGCCGGAACCAUGAAAUACUGCGGUGCUUCAUGGAGUGGUGACAACGUGACAGCCUGGGAGUCCAUGAGAGGCGGAAACUCUUUGGCCCUCAACGCCAGCUUUUCCCUCCUUCACUGCUACGGCCACGACAUCGGUGGCUUCGAAGGCCCCCAGCCUACCCCAGAGCACCUUGUCCGCUGGAUCCAACUCGGCGUCCACUCCCCACGCUUCGCCAUCAACUGCUUCAAGACCAGUGAGGCAGAUAAUCUCAUCGGCGGCGUCAUCGAGCCAUGGAUGUACCCUACCGCGACGCCCAUCAUCCGCGCUACCAUCAAGCGCCGCUACGAGCUCGUGCCCUACACCUACUCCCAGAACCUCCGCGCCCACCACACCGCCGUCCCGCCGCAGCGAUGGACCGGGUGGGGUUAUGAGGCUGACCCGGAGGUCUGGACCAAGGCGAUCAAGGACGGCGAUACGCAGUUCUGGUUCGGCGAUGCCUUCAUCAUUGGUGGUGUUUACGAGCCUGGUGUCGAUACCGCGAGGGUGUAUCUCCCGAAGAAGGGCGACGGUAGCGACUUUGGCUUCCUCAACACAAAUGCGCCAUAUGAGCACUUUGAGGCGGGUAAGUGGCACACUGUGCUCUCGCCUUGGUAUAACUCCAUUCCCGUCAUCGCAAAGAUUGGCUCGGCCGUCCCUGUUGGCAAGCCGCUCGAUACUUCCUCGGUCAAGGAGACGGAUCCAGAGUUCCCGAACCAAGCCAAGGAUGACUGGCGCGGCGUGGAGAUCUUCCCUCCGCCUUCGCUGCGUGGAGCCGCUGCUCAGGGAUCUGAGACGGAGCUGGGCGGUGAUGAUGUGAAGGGCGUGGUUUUCGAGAGUAGCUGGUACGAGGAUGAUGGUAUCAGCCGCGAGGUGCCUGCCGAAUUCAAGUUCACGAUCCGAUAUGAGAUUGUCGAUGAGCGGAUCUCGGUCGAGGUUAAGACUGUUGUUACGGAAGGCUCAAAGGAGAAGUGGAGUCCUCUGUGGCUCGAGAAGGGCGUUGAUGUGCUGCUGCCCGUAGGAGAAGAAAGGAUUGUGGUUGUGAACGGAGCCGAGGCUCAAGAAAAGUCCCUAGAUGCCAGGGGCAGGAGAGUAUGGAACGUGCCUGUUACAUUGUAA